UUGUCUAACCAUUCAACCGACUUUUCUACUUCGCCACUUGUGCGGUCGUUUACGUGCGAUUAAUAACUGGAUUUUUCCUACUAGCGCCAGCUACUCGCGCGAGUAUUCAACCAUUGCAAAACCACUUCUAAAAGUUGGAAAAAAGUCGAACAGGAAAUACCACGGAUCCACUGAUAAAACAGCGUGAACCUAUGGCAACCUGAUACAUGUAUUAAUACAUCUGCAACACAUCAGCAGCAAUGUCUAUCGCAUUAUCGGACGAUCAGAAAAUUAAUGACAUCAAGGAGCAGUUGGUACCUAAUAAUUCUGAACGCGACGAUGCAUUAGAAACAUGUAAUUCCAAUGAAACAGAUGAUAGCGAAAAUUGCAUACAUGUCGAAAAUAAAGAAGAUCCCAAUAUCAUAGAUUAUAUUGGAGCAAUACCUUUCGCCAUCAUACACGAUCUACCAAACAAGACAAACGAUGAUCGCUACAAUGUCUUCAUCCCCGGAGAAGAUAUCCGCGCAAGAAUCACAGAUAUCGAACGUAACGUAACAACUCACCCCAUGUACCCAAAUUUAUACAUCAUAGAACUUACGCAUGGACCAUUCACUUGGACGAUCAAGAAACGUUAUAAAGAUAUUCAAUACUUGCAUAAUCAACUGCAGUUAUACAGAGCUACCUUAGACAUACCUUUCCCGACAAAGCUUCACACAGAAAGGAGAAAAAAUUUGAGAAAUUUACAGGAUGGAAAAGAAAAUGGGUGUCGGAAAGGUGCAUUGCCGUGUUUUCCCAACAAGCCAGAGUGUCUAGUAUCCUACGACCAAUUGGAACAAAGAAAAAAAGCGAUAGAGGAAUAUUUAAAUAAUUUAUUGACAAUACAAAUUUACUUGCGUCGUCCCGAAACUAUUAAUUUUCUAGCAGUCUCGCACUUAUCCUUCAUAGCAGAGUUAGGUGUGAAGGGUAAAGAAGGAAUCGUUUUAAAACGAGCCGCCAUAGGCGAAAGAAUUCAGUAUCGUUUCUUUGGACUUUUUCAUAGAAUGUUCUGGAUGCAAUUUUAUCAAUUUUGCACAAAUUUGUUCGGAAAAUGGCAUUCGCGACACCUUGUCGUGAAAGACACCUUCGUUGCUUAUCUCAAGCCUAAAGAAGGUGUCAUAAAGUCGGUCAUUUUGAUGGACAAUGGAUUUGGAACUAGUUUCGGGAAUGAAAUUGAGAGUUUCAAGAAUGGCAUGCUAAUUGGGAAUCUGAAUAAACGUAUAAUAAUCAGAUGCUGGACCAAAAGGAAUGCCAAGGAAUGGAGAGAGUGUAUACACGAAAUUAGUUAUAAACAUGGUCAAGAUUUCAUACAAUCAAAUCCACAUAGUUCAUUCGCACCCUACCGUUCACCCGUGCCAGCUGCCUGGUUCGUCGACGGAGCAAAUUACAUGUCUGCUGUUGCAGACGCCUUAGAAAAUGCCAAAGAAGAAAUUUUUAUCGCAGACUGGUGGUUAUCACCUGAAAUUUACUUGAAGCGACCAGCAAAUAACAGUGACUACUGGAGGCUAGAUAACAUUUUAGAAAGAAAGGCGUUGGCAGGGAUAAAGGUAUUUGUAAUGAUCUACAAAGAAGUGGAGCUUGCACUGGGUCUAAACAGUUUCUACAGCAAGCAACGAUUAAUGGAGAAAUGUCCGGAAAAUAUAAAAGUAGUGCGUCAUCCUGACCACGCGAAAAUAGGAAUAUUUUUUUGGGCACAUCACGAGAAGAUCGUAGUCGUGGACCAGAGUAUUGCCUUCCUUGGAGGAAUUGAUCUGUGCUAUGGUAGAUGGGAUACUUAUGAGCACCGGUUGGUCGAUUUAGGAUCAGCGAAUCACUCCGAUGUCUACAUUCCCUCCACGGGACGAUUUAUAAGUACGAGCAGCAAAAAGAACACGCAAGAUACGCAAAAACAUGUCUUGCUGCCAUUAGCUAUUACAACGAACACAGUCGUCAUGGCAACGACGAAAUCUAUACCUGUAUUACCAGUAAGAAGGAAGAGGUCGAUAACAGCGUUAUCAGAAUUGGAACCCGAAAAAUUAUUAACGCAAUCUUCUGAUGACUUGCAUACUGUAAAAUGUGAUACUCCACAUAUGAAGAGAAAAAACUUGUUUGCAAUGGCAAAAGAUACAAUGAACAAAAUGAAACGCAGUAUAAAAUUAGGAGAAAAGCGAAGCAGCAUGGUAGAUAAUGCAGAAGCUGGUAACGAGGAUGAUAAGGAUAAUAACGUAACGCGAAAUCUGAGCGAGACUGCAGCGACAUACGAGGACAAAGAUGUACAUUCGGAACAUCAUGGAGAGCCUAAAUGGUGGAUCGGAAAAGACUACACGAACUUUAUUGUUAAAGAUUUUACGGAUCUUGAGAAACCUUAUCAAGAUUUAAUAGAUAGGAAUACAACUCCUAGGAUGCCAUGGCAUGAUAUAGGAGUUAUGGUGCAGGGAGCUUCAGCUAGGGAUGUGGCUAGGCAUUUUAUUCAACGGUGGAAUGCGAUCAAAGUAGAGAAGGCAAGGCUAUUAACAACUUAUCCGUUCCUACUUCCAAAAUCGUACAGGGACCUCAAAACCGACGCACCAUUCAUCAAUCCAGAAUAUAUGCACAAUGUCAAAUGCCAGGUGCUCAGAUCAGUUAGCUGUUGGUCUGCGGGUUUCUUCGACACUGAAACUUUAGAGCGGAGCAUACAGGAAGCAUACAUAGAAGCAAUCAGUAAAGCAGAAAGAUACAUAUACAUAGAGAACCAAUUUUUCAUAACUCUGGCAUCCAUGGAUCAAACUGCAGUACAGAAUCGUAUAGGAGAAACGUUAUUGGAACGAAUUUUGAGAGCACACAGGGAAGGUGCAGUGUUCAGAGUGUUCGUAAUAAUGCCUCUGUUGCCUGGAUUUGAAGGAGAAGUCGGAGGACCAAGUGGCACCGCGUUGCGUGCGAUAACUCAUUGGAACUAUGCUUCCAUAGCUUGGGGUAAAAGUGCUCUCCUAAAUCGACUGAUUGAGGCGGGAAUAGAUGACCCUAACGAGUACAUUACCUUCCACGGUUUAAGAACUCAUGCAAUAUUAAACGGUGCAUUGGUGACCGAACUGAUUUAUGUUCAUAGUAAGCUGUUAAUUGUAGAUGACAAUACAGUCAUUUGUGGGUCAGCUAAUAUCAAUGACAGAAGUAUGGUAGCGACGAGAGACAGUGAGAUUGCGGUGAUAAUUCACGAUCAAGAGUUCGAAGAUGGAAGAAUGAACGAUAUACCGUUCCCUUGCGGUAAAUUUGCGGGGUCCUUACGGAAACAUUUAUUUUCUGAACAUUUGGGAUUGUUCAAAACGAACGAAGACCUGGACGUAACUGAUAUAAUUAAGAAGUCUUUCUAUAGAGAUGUGUGGCGUGCUAGGAGUUAUAGAAACACUGAAAUUUUUGAGGAAGUAUUUCAUUGCAUUCCAACAGACGUGGUCGUUAAUUUUAACAUAUUGAAAGCGUAUCAAGCUGAUGAACCACUUAGUUCAUCGGAUCCUCUUUUGGCUCAAGAAAAGGUCAAAGAUAUCAAGGGACAUUUGGUGGAUUUGCCAUUAAAGUUUCUAUGCAACGAAGAUCUGAAGCCUGCUCAUGGUACAGUAGAGGGAAUAAUGCCAACAGUGUUAUGGACAUAAAUUAUUUAUAAAUGAAGUUCAGUGGGAUUUGCAUGAAUAAUUUAAUACUGUUGAUUAUUAACCAAAGUACAACAGAUUGUCUGGUACUUAUGACUGAGUACUUUAUCAUUCCAAUAAAUUCUUAAACAAUAAGAAUUGUGACUGAAUAGUGAGGCAUGGCAUGUACAGGGGGUGCAGAAUAGACUACAUAUCAUUUUA